GACGACGUCGACGACAACAACGUUCGACGACCAACAGUUAAAAAACACUUUGUUAUUUAUCAGUAGAAGGGAGUGGUACGUCAAAAACUGACGCACAUCCGCAGAAACUGUGCAAAAAACAUUUUACAAUUUUACUACUAAUUCUGUUUUUUCAUUUCUAAGUUCAUCAUUAGUUAAUAAUAAUAACUUUAAAACAAAUAACUAAAAAAUCUGUUCAUGAUUUUCAACUAAACCAACAAUCAAGUUCUCUACAAACUAUUUUAUAACUUCUUCGUAAAAAAAGACAGAAAAAAAACUAAUACAAUUUUUUUUUAACCAUAGAACCAAAGAAAAAAAUCAAUUAUAUUCAACAAAUCAAUGGUUUUAUGACUGUUUUAACUAUUUUUGUUUUCACUGUUGCUAUCCAAACUAUAAAAAAUCCAUUUAAAAGUUCUAAAGGAAAUAUAAUGAAACAGUUUUUCUUUUGUGUGCUUUUAAAGUGAUAGUGGAGUUGAUGACAAAGAAUAUUUUAAAAUAAGUACUACAGUAAAAUGGAACCUAAAUAUAUUAUGCAAAAAAUAAUGAAAAAAGUUAAGCUGGUCAUAACCUCAAAACUAAAGAAACAAUAAAAUUGACGGAUAAAUAUUCAAUAUGAUCUAAAAUCGAGAAAAACGUUUGAUUCUCCAAGCCCAUUUGGAACUAUUAAAAGUAUUAAUAAACGUUAUUCAGAAAAUUAAGUAAAUUAAACAUUUUAAAAUGGAAUUUAAAGAUAUAUAAAAAAAUUUUAGUCAACCAACACAUCGAAAGCAAUACCUAACCUGUGAAAUACACAACUAAAAAAACUCUUUUAUAAAAAUCUAAAAUUAAUAAGUUAUUAAUCUUUAAACUGUAAUCAUUGCCGAACAAAAUUUAACAAAGGAAGAAUGUAAUGACAACAUUCACUAAAAGGAUUAACUUGAUAAGUAGAUAAAUGUUUGUAUCAACGACAAGUACAUAAACAACACAAAUGAAAUCAAAACUUUAAAAAGAGAAAAUAUGGACUAAUAACAAGUCUCAAAGAACCAACAAAUACAUCCUUGAAUAUAAAAUAGGCAAACCACAAAAAGGAUAACAAAAGUAGCUGGAAUAAAUACAAAAAGAGAAGGAAACUGUUAAUGCCACAAAAAUGUCUGUGGAGUGUAUGGUGGCUGCAAAUAAAAUAGUGUUGACAAAAAAUACUACCACUAAAGCUGUAACAACACCAGCAGCCACAUUUUCUAACCAACAGCAACUACAGACGCAAAGUGGCACGACGACGGGAAUUAUUGUCAACCAAACUCAACGUCGCGCCGCACAAAAUGCGAAACAAUUACGUCAACAGCAAAUGGUGGUGGGUCAACAAUAUCAGUCGCAUAAGGAAUAUCAUGAGGAACUUCAUCAGCAACAAAAAACUCAACAAACAGCUACAAUCUAUAUUGUUAAAAAAUCAACAGAUUUAAACAAUGUCAGACACAUAAGUCCCCUUAUUUCUACAAUCAGCAGCACAAAAACCCACGUUAGCAGCUUUAACACCAACGCUGGCACAAUUUCCUCUACCGAUAUUGUGGUUAAUGACAACAUUAAUAAAAAUACCGCAUAUCAAUCUAUGGAACAUGAUUUACAAAUAACAUUAUCACCAGAAACAGCUUCACAAUCAACAUCAAUCUCAGCACCGUCAUCACCUUUAGCACGUUCAGAUGUAACUUUAGCAACACAACCAGCUCUAGCUGUAACAUUGUCCAGUAACAAUGAGGACAAUGUAGAACUCUGCGAACGUUUGGAAUGGUCAGCUGCUAAAUCUUUAGUGGAAAUGAAUGCCAAAGACAAACAACGUAGCAACACCAAUAUUACUCCAAAUUGCAACAUUAACUAUAGCAAUAAUAAAGCUAUUGGCAACAAUAGACGUAACACCAGCAACAACAACAACAUGACUACAUACAAACAGCAACAAUUUAUACAACUGCCAAUAACUAAUGAGUACUUAACUUCAUCUUCCAGUAAUAAAAACGAUGCAAACAUUGACCAAACUGUUGAUGUUAAAACGGGAAAAGAUUAUGGCAAAUAUAUCGGACGCAGUCCCACUGAAGAUGGUAAAGUAAUAUUUUAUGCACCGCCAGCUGGUGGUUUAAACUCAAAUGUUCAGCGUACUAACAACACCAACCACAAAACAGUUGUUAAACUUGAGAACGCCUCUACAAUACCAGCACUAGUCUAUCGAGAGCGAAGCAUUGAGGAAACUGAAGCAGCUCAUGAUUUGUUAUCGCUGUCGCAAAGCUUACCACCCCUUACACCACCAUGUGUUGUAACAAUAUUGCACCAAGAUUCAAAUGCCACCUCCACUCCGUCAUUACCAUCGCAUUCCAUAUCCACUCCAAAUGGUACGCUGAAUACCCAUAAAUCACAAAUGCAAGAGAUAUCAAGUACUUCCAGACAAUUACAACAACCAAUGCACUGUGCCGGUAUUAUACAACCCGAUAAUUUAAACGUGUUUAUCGAAACAGACCAAAAUCCGAAUCAUAAUUCCACUUCAAAAAUUCGCUAUAUCAGUUCGUAUGACUCGCAACAGCAGCAGCUUCAAAUGAACCUUAACAAUCAUCACAUCCAUCAUCCGAACCACCAUAGUGGUCUGAGUAAUUCCAACAAUUGUUCGCCGUUGACACCACCCAAUUCCGAUCAUUCGUCGGAUAUUGAUAUUGACAUGUCUUCCUCAUCGGAAUCCGGCCACUCUAAUUCCCAUCCACCAUUGCAAAUCUGGCGUACCGAAUUAUCAGAUGCAUCUGCAAAAAAUGAUUUAAAAAUCUCCCUUAACAUUGUGGAUGGUCGCACGAAGGCUUGCAAGAAAAAGGGGGAACAAAAUAGUAAAUCGGAAACGACUAAAAAACCGAAACGCGGUUGCUAUAAAUGUUCGGAGUGUGGCAAACAAUAUGCCACCUCCAGUAAUCUGUCACGUCACAAGCAAACUCACAGAUCUCUCGACUCUCAGUCUGCCAAAAAAUGUAAUACCUGCGGUAAGGCUUACGUCUCAAUGCCUGCUUUAGCCAUGCAUUUGUUGACUCACAAACUUUCACACAGCUGUGAUAUAUGCGGUAAACUGUUCUCAAGGCCUUGGCUACUUCAAGGCCACUUAAGAUCUCAUACUGGCGAAAAACCCUAUGCUUGUGUUCAUUGUGGUAAAGCCUUUGCUGACCGUUCCAAUUUACGAGCACAUAUGAUGACUCAUUCGGUGGAUAAAAAUUUUGAAUGUAAACGAUGUCACAAGUCAUUUGCCUUAAAAUCUUAUUUAAACAAACAUUUAGAAUCGGCUUGCAUCAAGGAUGCUGGACACCAUGGAGAUGAGGACACCGAAGGUAUGGAGGAAGGUGAAACAUAUAACAGAAUUCAUGAUACUUUGAGUGGUAGUGUCGAGUCCAUGGAAUCGGGAGAAGAAAAUGAUGAAGAUAUUAUUGUAGCAUAAAAAGAUGUAAACGCUAAUGGUAAGUAAAUAAAAUAAUCUAAAACCCUACAAAAAUUUCAAUUAAAUAACACUUACAAAAAGUUUUUAGAUUUAGAGUUAAUUACAUUGUACGUGGGUCUAUAGAAAGAUAUAGAAAAUAUAGUUUUUAUUAAACAAUAAAGAAAAAAGAUACAAAUUAAUGUUUGUCAUCAUCUCCAUCAAUUAAUCGUGUUCUCAAACUAUUUAAAUUUUGUAAAGUGUCCUUCCGUUGAAUCUGACCAUGAAUUAUGAUUGUAAUAUAUUAGGAACGUCUGUCAGUCUGUCUGUUACAAAAUCGGUAUGAAACGACACUUAUUAAAAAUGGAUGAAUUCGGUUCUUGAUUUCCAAUGGCCACAUAUAUACAUAAAUAUUUAAAAUUUAAAGAAAUCGUUAUAAAAAAUGCCAGAAAAACUUUAAAGUCUGUAUUGUAUUUUCUAUUAACUUCAAAUGUUUUUAAUUAUUUAUCUGUCCUGUUUAUUAUCUUCUAGACAAAAUUUAAAAUAGUGUAAAGCACUAUUGUGAACGUAAAAUUUCUUUAUGUUGAAUAAUUUUGGAAAACAAAUAAUUAUUUAUAAUUUAUUUGGAAUGAACAUUAAGAAAGUGAACAUGAUGGCAUUUUUGAUUUGUGUCUUUCCCAAAUUAAUAAAAUACAUAUAAGCUAAAACUUAAUCAGUGACACACUUAAGAAAGUGUAAAUUUUUAUAAACAAAAGAACUUUAAUAUAUAUUAUAUAAUUACAUACGUAUUUAAACAAAUAUUAUAUUGUUAAACAAUUUUUGGAUUUGUUUAAAAUAGGUAAACGCUGGCUACAGCCCAGCAAAACACUUUUAUAGCAUUAAAAAUAAUUAUGCAAAGCAAUUUUUUAUUUAUACAAAACCAUACAUUUAUUUACAAUAAAAUAUUAAUUAAAAAUUUUUAAUAAGGAAAUUUUAGAUAUGUAAUUAAAAAAUCCAAAGCUAAAUCGGCUAAACCAACUUAAAGUAAAAAUCCCAUGCAACGAAUAUUAUGGAACAUAAGUAGAAAUUCUAUUUAUACAAAAUUAUUAUUACAAACAUAUAAUUAAAUAUACAUAUAUGUAUAUAAAUAUAGUAAUAUAAUUAAAAUGAAAUAUUUAUACUAAUGAUAUAAAAUUAAAAAAAAAACAUAGUAACAUAUAAUAUCUUGAGAUAAAGUACCAGUGAAAGUAAAAGUAAUAAUUAAUUAAAGCAAAAUAAACAUUACAAAUAUGAUUAUAUUGUUAAGCGUAAUGAUUAUUGAAAACUGUUAAUUUAAAUAUUCAUUGGUUAAAAUUAAAAAAAUAUAUAAAUUUUUACUGAGCACGCUUAUUUAAUCAAUUUUAACUUUAUUUAAAGUUUUCAUGUUUUGUUUUAUAUGGAUGAUUGAUUUAAUCAAUCCUUGAUAUAAUAUCUACCAAUCAAAUAUUUCGUUGAUAUUUCUCCAAAUUCUUUCAAAUAAUAAUGCCUUUAAAAAUCGAAAUUUUAUAAAUAUUUUUUGCCUACAUUUCCCAUUUUUUAACUUAUAUGCAUCAUGAUAGGUCUGAUAAAUAUAUAUUUUUUUGCUUUAUAUCAGUUUUAUAUAUUAUAAAAUAUAUAAAUUUUUGCAAGUUUACCUUUAAGAAAGAAUAAUAAAAAAUUAUAUUGAAUACCAAACAAAAAAACAGCUCAAAAUAGUUUAAAAACAGCUAAGUAAAUAUAGAGGUUAUAUUAUUACAAAUAAUUAGAAAUGCACAAAAAAUAUUUUAUUUAGUUACUCAUAACUAAUUUAAACAAUUAACAUACAAACGAAGGUAGCAAAAAGGAUUGUUCAUUCACCGGUCGCAGUCACAGUAUUUUUUAAACUCUAAUAGGGUCCAAAAUAGUAAAAACAAUGAAAAAAAUAAAUAAGUAGAACAACAACAAAAUACAAAAGCUAGUUAUUUUAAGCGAUUCGUAAGUAAAAUGUUAAAAGAAAUUGUUGAAAAUUAAAAAAAAGAAAACAUUUAAAUAAAUAGUAAAAUAUAACGUCCAUAAAUAAUAUAGAAAUUUAUACUCGUACUAAAAUGGAAACAGUUACCAAAUAAAAUCAAAUCAUUGUUAUUGAUCCUUAAAUAAAUUUCAAUAGUAUUUCUCCAGACUAAGACUCUAAAUCUAAAUGCGGCUUAUUACUUUAAUCAAACGAAAUUUUCAAUAAAAAAUUUAACUAAAGAUAUCCAAUAAAGUUUGCAAUAGCAAUUAAAUGAAAUAGUUUUAAAAACAAAAAUUAUAUUCUAGAUAUAAAUCUUAAAUUUAUAUAACUACAAAAUCUUAA